AUGGACGUCCUCUUUCGUGCCCACGAUACAAAUACCCGACUCAGACAUGCAUCUGAGGUGAUUGAUAUGUCAUUUCACAACUACUUUAGUCGAUUUCUCGACAUCGAGCAGCCACCAUUUAUGCCUCUACAUCCUACGGAUAACGAGAACACACCUGGGAAUACCGGGGGGAACAAUGAAUCCAAGUCCAUCGCAAAAUCGCAGAAUGACCAUCCCACUGGAAGCCAAGAACAACAAGACUUCGCGAAGAAGGCUCCGGAAUGGCUGCAAGCAUAUGCAGGUCAUCUAUCAGGAGAUAUCGAUACGGAUGAUGAGCAGAACGCCGAUGAAAGUCCGCGCAGCUCAACCGUCCAUAUCGAUCAACCUCUUCCCAGGGCUCUUCAGUCAAAUGCCUACUUUUGCUGA